UCGCACGUGGUCCCGGAGCCCCCAUGUUCGAGGAGCCCGAGUGGGCCGAGGAGGCCCCGGCCCCGGCCGCCCGCCCGCCGCCGAUCCCGCGCGCUGGGGUUAAGUCAGCGCCGCGCGCCAAGGGCUUCAGCCGUAAACAGCUCCAAGCUACAUUACAGGCACUCCAGGCUGCAGCACUGCCUUAUCCUCUUCCUAACCAAGAGGGCAAUGACUCCAACUCAGAUUCUGACGUUGGGGAGGAGAAGAGAAAAAAGAGGAAGAAGACCCCCAAAGUGGCUCCAUUUAUGGAAGAAAAUUCAAAGCUACCAGUUCAAAGAGUAAAAAUUAAGAAAGGAGAGAGCAAAGGCUCUGGAACCCCAAAGAAUAGUGAUCUGGUCUCUGUGCUUCCCCAGAAGGACCCAGCCCUCAUGAGCACCACUCACAGACCAGUGGAAGAUAGGAAUACCACAGAACCAAGGCUAAGUCGGAAACAGUGGAGAAACCGUCAGAAAAACAAAAGGAGACAAAAAAAUAAGUUUCUGCCCCUGAAGCCACAGAGUGUUGCAGCUCCUGAACAGGAGACUGCCCCUGAACUGACAGAGGAGUGUGAGUCAACGUUGGAAGCAAAGGAGUCAAGGUCAUCUCUGGACAGGGGUGGGAUGCUUCGGGCAAAGAUGAAGCUAAGGCUUGAAGGAGCUCGUUUCCGUUUCCUCAAUGAGCAGCUUUACUCUGUAACCAGCAGUGCCGCAAGCCAUAUCUUCCAGGAAGACCCUGAGGCCUUUGAGCUUUACCAUCGUGGCUUUCAGAACCAAAUAAAGCGAUGGCCCUUGAAGCCUGUGGACCAAAUCGUGAAAGAUUUGAAACAGCAGUGAGCCAGCAUCCCUAGUUGUGGCAGAUUUUGGUUGUGGAGACUGUCACCUUGCCUCUAGUGUCAGGAACACCGUUCACUGCUUUGACCUUGCUGCACUUGACCCCCGU